AAGUAAUUUUUUAAGAAUGGAUCAUCUGACCCCAUCGCCUGGUCGGAGUGUAGCAGCUUACGCAUCACAGGUUGUAUCCGAAUCGCAAGUAGAACUGCGCAGAUCGCAACGAUUGGUGGAAAAGGAAAGUCGUUUGAAAACAAAAGCAGAAUUCCUAACCAAAUCUGGUUCCCCGCAACUGUUCGAAGAAACAGAUGAGGAUUGGAGUCAGCCGCUACUUUGUCAGCAGAAGCCUCUGCCUCAAACUGUGCACCAGGAACAAGUAGCAGCCAAAAGACGAGUGAGUUCCUCGUUUGUAGAGGAGGCUGUUUCCGCAAAGCGUCGGAGGGGCCGACCUCCGGCACAAGUAAAAACCAAAAAUCCCGACAAUAGCAUUAGAUACUGCAAUGAACAACAGAGGAACCAAUCAGAUGUGGCUAAGUCAACUUCAUGGAACUCUUCCACUAUUCCACAAAAAGUUCUUCCUUUAAGGCAGUCUCACGGGGGAUCCUUAACCCAAAGCAAACCUAAGCAAUUAUCCUCUUUUCACAAGACGGCGCAUCAGAAGCAGUCUUCAUCGAAGCUGCCGCCUAAGUAUCCAGCACAUUUUUUACACCAGCUGCCACCACUGGGAGCGGGAGGCGGAGACAGGAGCUACAUGCACAUACGACCCAAAGCGGCUAAAGCCGUCCAACUGCGUGAAAUGUGCCCCACGCCAGAGUUCACUACCGUAGCAGGGCCCCAGAAAGCAACCUUUGUCGACCGUUCGCUCUCGCCACCCAAUCCGUGGUCGGAGAGCUCUGACACGCUGUCCCUGAGCGACUCCAUUGGCGAUAUAUUUGGAACCAAGAACAUCAGCUGCAUUCUGAACAUUGAGUGCCCGCGCCAGUAUAUCCUCCUCGAGGAUCACCUGCCGGCCAUGGCAAUGAUGCUGAAUGUCGAGUUGGUGCGCCUUCGGGCAGUCCUUGACCUGACACAGCGCCUCACGCACGAGCAGAUACUGAAUUGGCCACUGAAACUGGAGAAGCCUACCAAGGAUUGAUUUUUACUUUAUUUUUAAGUGUUUAGUUUUUCGAUAAUUCGGUAUAUUCUUUUCUUUUGAGGAGGCA